AUGAGUGUCUUGAAUAAAUCACUAAAAUCUAGAUGGUUUCCCAUCGCGAAAAUGCUAUUAGCGCCAUUUCAUAGACCUCUAAGGGCUAGUUGGUCCUCGGCGCCCUCUAAUGAACAUACAGUUGGCGUCAGGCCGAUUCUGAGUCGCAAGCCAUCAUCGCCGAGUGCUAUUCCUUUAGAGAAAAUAAUCUUGGGGUUGCCACGGCUAUUUCCAAGAUCCGUAGAACAAUCUGUACGCGAUUUUUGGGACUUCAAGAGGGAUUCUGGUGCUUUCCAAGAAGAGCUUUUGUCAUCGUUGCCGUUUUUCCCCAACGCUCGCGAUGGAAAAACUGCUAAGAUAUUAAGAACACCUAUAGAUGAUCAGGGCAACUACAUCAACGAAUUCUGCAUCAUGCCAACCAAUCCCAAUCGGGAGAAGCCAAUGAAGCACCUUAUUUUGAUUCAUGGAUACGGCGCAGGUUUGGGGUUUUUUUUAAAGAACCUUGAGAAGCUACCUCUGAUUAACGACAGCUGGUGUAUCCACGCUUUAGAUCUUCCGGGAUAUGGCUUUUCGUCUAGACCGCGGCUUCCCUUCCACUUUGCCAAGGAUUCUGCUGAGCAGGUAGAGCAGUGGUUCCAUACCAGAUUUCAGCGGUGGAUGAAAGCAAGAGGUUUAUUGGAAAAUCCACAUAAUAAUAUGUUGGUGGCACAUUCUAUGGGUGCCUACUUGGUGGCUCUUUACGCGAACAAGUUUCCCGGACACUUUCAAAAGUUAAUAAUGUGUUCUCCUGCUGGCGUAUGUCACUCUUCGCCGAAAUUAGGGAGAAAGCCACCUCCUUGGUGGUUUCAAAAGCUAUGGGAUAGAAAUAUAUCGCCCUUCUCAUUGGUAAGGAACACUAACAUCUUGGGGUCCAAACUAACCAGCGGCUGGUCUUACCGGAGGUUCGAACAACUGCUUCACGACAAGACUGCUGGUCUGCGACAGUGCGAGGCGCUGCACAGGUAUGCAUAUGCUAUUUUCAACCGCCCAGGUUCAGGUGAAUACUUUUUGGCCUUUGCGUUGAGAUGCGGAGGUGAUCCCAGAGUCUCUUUAGAGGAGCGAAUGUUUCACAAUGUCGAAAACCAAUUCAAGGCUAAAUGCGAUUGGCUUUGGCUCUACGGUGAUCAAGAUUGGAUUGAUGCUACGGGGGGAAUUCGCGCAUCGCAGUUUCUGAUGGAAAAAAUGGGCAGCAACAGUUUGGUUGAGAUCGUCAAGGACUCUGGCCAUCACCUUUAUCUUGAUAACUACCAACAUUUCAACAAUAUUCUGGAAAGGGAAAUGCACAAAUGGAAUUAA